AUGAACAUGCUGGCUAUUGAUGAGAUGUUCGAUCUCGAUGCAGCGUUGACGAUGGCGGACGAGCCAAUCGAUAGCCGUGAAGAAGUAGAAGAUGAAUCAAAGGCUAAGGCGGCCAGCCGCCUGCUUGAUCAGCUGCCGACGGUGGAAGGCGGCGGCGACUGCGCAGUUUGCUCGGAGGGGCUGUGCUUAGGCGGGGCGGCUAAGCGGAUCCCCUGCGGCCAUGUUUUCCAUCAUGACUGCAUUUUGAGGUGGCUUUCUGUCGUCUGUUCCUGCCCCUUGUGCCGUCAAAACUGUUCGCCGCCGGCAACCGUUUCUUCUCUUUGA